CAUUAUGACUGACAUUUAACAGUAAUGAUAGUGAAUACAUUGCCAGCCUACGGGUUUGAAUUGAAGACAGCAACAUUAUUUUACCAAGUCAAAGUAAAAUUAAAGAAAAAGAAAGUGAAAAAGAAAAUAAUUCAGACAACAUGAUUCUCCACCAAACACGCCAACUGGAAUCAAAUCCCAAUUGUCAGUGCCACUCUUACCAGAAAAGGAAAAACAACAAGAGAAAAACUUUAGAAAAAUAGAGAGAAACACCACCCCUUGAGGAGGCCAGAGCUACUUCACCCUUUGUUGGACCCCUCCGUGUUCCAAUAAUUCCUACACUUUCCUCUCCUGAAAGUCCUCCAAAAACCAAACGCCUCCCAUGGAAGACAACAGAUCAAGGCCGUAUGGAGACGGGCCGAUGCAGAUGGAGAGCUACUACGGCCGUCCGCCACCUAGACCGCCCGCUUCCUAUGACCUUAGGUCCUACAGUGCUUCCUAUGCACAAACCCAGAUGGGCAACAACAGGGAGUUGAAGCUCAAGAAGGGGAAGAGCGCUUCUGGGUCGUCUUCAAGUUCUUGGGCUUUUGGUGACCCUGAAUUCCAGAGGAAGAAGAGGGUUGCCAGCUAUAAGAUGUACUCUGUGGAAGGCAAAGUGAAGGGGUCCUUGCGGAGAAGCUUCAGGUGGCUUAAAGUUAAGUACACCCAGGUGGUUUAUGGCUGGUGGUGAUUCUGUGGGUAUUGAAGGUUUCUUCUAGUAUGUUAAAAUUUCUGUUUGAGAAUCUCAAAUUUUGUGUCAUCAAAGGAAUGCCAAAAGUUGUGGGUUGUGAUUAGGAAGUCAUAUUUUGCGUUGUUCAAUAAAACAAAUGGUAAAUAUCAUGAUAUGAUCCUGGAGAUGUUCUCCCAGGCAUAAAUUUGUUUGUUAAGACGUCUGUGAUUGUUGGUGCUGCUAUGAUCAAAAGCUAUUUAUGUCCUUUGAGAUAACAUGAUAUUGAUAAGCCACCUUUGUGGACUUUUAUGUUCUCUAA